GCUUGACUCCAUGUGGGCGUUGUGUGGUGCGGUGGUGCAGCUGGCCGUAACAUAUAAAGCUGGGCCCCUGGGGCCGCAGCUGCUCAUUGAUCAUCUUCCACGAUGUGGCUGCGUAUAACGAUUGCUCUGCUGCUGGCCUGCGUGGCUGGUGCCCUGGCCCAGAACGAUGGAAGGUAUCGUCCUCCUCCUGGUGCUGCGCGGGCGACUGCCGACGACGGACGCCACAAAGGUGGCAACGAUGGACGCUAUCGCGGCGGUGGCGAUGGCCGCUACUCCGGCGGCAACGAUGGCCGCUACAUACACAUGGACAACAAGUACGAGCAUGACGAUCGGGCUGGAGGAGCUUACACCGGAGACCGCAACCGCUAUGUGGGCGACAAGAAUGCUGGCGGUGGAGCAGGUCGAGCAGGUGGAGCAGGCGGUGCUGGGGCAGGUGCCAGAGCAGGAGCCACCGCUAGACCCAAGCCGCGACCCACAAUUCCACCACCGCCGGCAGUUGUCGAUGUGACGGCCAAGCUGCCCAAGGGACGGGGCACAGGCGAGGGCGGCAAUGGUUGGGCCAUUAUCCGACUGGAGGAUGAUGUGGAGCAGGAUGGCUACCACUAUCUCUACGAGACGGAGAACGGCAUUCUGGCCGAGGAGAGCGGACGCAUCGAGAAGCUGACCGAGGAGGAGGGCCUCCGCUCGAAGGGCUUCUACGAGUACACUGGCGACGAUGGCAUACUCUACCGCGUGGACUACACUGCCGAUGACAAUGGCUUCGUGCCCAGUGCUGCUCACCUGCCCACGGCUCCCCCGCCACCGCCGUACGUGGCCAAGCUGUUGGCCUACCUGGAGGCGAAUGCCAACAAGAAGAAAUAGUUAUGGAGUCGAAAUGUGAAUUGAUUUGACAAUAAAACAAUGUGCCAUACAA